AUGAACAACAACCAAACCACUUACCAACUUUCUCACACAACACACGAUCGUCCAUCUGCCAGUUCGUCCUUCAACAUUCUUUCCGUCUUAAAUCCAGAACCAUCGCCACCCUCGGGUCUUGGUCCAGCCCCAACAGACCACAUCACAAGAACCCUACCUUCCCCUAGACAACAAGAACCACCCACACGAACGAUACUACCUCCACCGUCCGCGAUCACCCAACCUCAGUACUAUGAUCCCGUAAGAUAUAGCACGAGUACUCUGCAAGGCCAUGGGCAGAGUCAGAGCAAUUCAACCGGUUUUACAUUACUGCCUCCGCCAUUUCCGCUGGCUUCUUAUCCGACUUCUCCAACACAAUCAUAUUCUUCCAAUUCUCAUAAUAGUUCCAAUACACAGCCGGGGUACGGAUAUCCAUAUACUUACCGCUCGCCAGGCUUUAAUACCCAGACACCUGCAAGUUUCAACACUACACUAGCUCCCAUUUCGCAAAUUUCACCACCUGUAACUUCCCCCUUGUCAAUGGCACCUCCGCGUCCAGAGAUUGUAAACUCAUGUAACUUGUCGCCGUCGACAGCACAAGUUACGAGUCCAACCUCGGCGCAACAUCAGUAUUCCGCUCUAAAUGGUUCUGUGGCAGACGACGCUAACACACUACUCAAGUUUGCCAACAGCAAUAAAAUGGAUAUAGACGAGAAAACGACGUAUAAUAGAUCAAACGCACAAGAUAUACCGCCAUAUUCUGUACAGACAAAUGUAACGGAAAGACAAGUAACCAACGAAUACGAAAACUCUCGGCUCGCCCAGCUUCUCGACACUGCUCUUGAGCAAGAACGAAGAGAGCGUGAGUUGGCCGACGAGGAGAAUAGAAUGAUACAUAGAGAGCGCGAAGAACCGAGAGAGUCGGAUCCGUCUAUCAAAGGCGAGCAUUCGAGAGAGGAGAGUGUAGUAGGUAGUCCGAGUGUUGAAGAAGAAUUGGAUAUUGUCCAAGACGAUCAGGAGGUUGUUGUGGACGUAACUCCUCCGAGGGAAUUAGUCGAAAAUAAUACAGUAAACUCUUUGGCGCGGUCAGUCAACCAGUUCGGUAAGCAUUACGACUACGACGAGCCGUUGAACGAUUACGAGGAUACAGUAGAAGUUAGUACCGAUGAAGUUAUGAUUUUUAUGCCGAAGAGCGAAGGAUACGAAAACGGAAAACAAGUCGAAGCAAUGAGCCAAGAUGAUGUAAACAAGAACGUGAAGCUAGAAGAAACUUCACCAGAACCAUCUUCAUCCGGAGACGAGUUCCACAAAUCACCAUCCUCCUCUCGUCGCUCAAGCAUCUCAAAAACCGUCCUCAAAAAAACUUCCAUCAAAAAACCUAGCGUACGUCAUCUUUCAGCUAAGAAAUCGCUGAAACGCAAAUCGUCAUCUUCAAACUUGCAUUCUCCAUCCGGUGACGAUAAUGCUUUGCGCAUUGACCCCAUUUCUGGCUCUCCUUCUCUAUCCAAUACUCCUAACAGCAACAAGAAACUUAAAAAGGCUAAUAAGCAGCGGCGCAAGAAUUCCCAGAGUUCGAGUGUAACUGCAUCACCGAUGAUCGAUCCGAUCGCCGGUAACUCUGCAGGAGCGGAACCGAUGGCGGUCGAUGAGACGCAGAUCAGCAACAAGUUGUAUUGUAUAUGUAGGUCGGGCUUUGACAACCGGUUCAUGAUUCAGUGUGAUGGAUGCAAUGAGUGGUAUCACGGUGACUGCGUUAAGAUAUCGGAAGAUAUAUCGCAGUUAAUCGACAAGUACUAUUGCCCGGGCUGUACAGCCAAAGGUAAUACUUCUUCUUGGAAACAAAAAUGCCGAAAUCCACCAUGCAACAAACCAGCUCGCAUUCCGUCAUCCAGAUACUGCUCUCAAGGUUGUGGGUUAGCAUUGGCACAGGCACGUCUGCGUGAGAACGAAAAGCGUGCCAAACUCAUGCUUUAUCUGCAAAAACCUCAAACUCCCCUCAAACCAUCUACACCGAACUCUGACAAGUCAACUCCCUCAUCCAACAAACGCUGCACACGAAACCUAGCAGCCGAUUUGGACGAUCGUUCUCACUGGAAAAAGGUUCAGGAAGAAUGGGAUCGUGUUACGAAAUUUUCCGAGGUUAUUGAGCGACGAGAACAGAUCUUAAGAAAAGCCAUAAAACGAUGUGAGUCGGAAGGGAAGAAUGGAUACACACCGUGUGGAUUUGAUAGUCGUUUGCUCCUCAAUGACAAAGAAGUGAUGGAACUUGGUGAUGCGACCGAUGAGAACGUUAACAUUUGCAAGGAGAAGGGAAGCUGCGAAAAGCAUCCAUUGUGGCAAAGUGUUAAACUUGUAGAAAUUGAGCAGGAGAAGGCUUUACAGUCAGCGCGAUUAGAAAAGCUGCGUGCUGAAAAAAAGCAAAUUGGUAGCCGUAUGAAGAGGCGCAAAACUGAUUGGGAAUCCGCGUUAUUGAAUGGUACAAUAAAUCACUCUGCCCGCUCUCGUAUGGCCAUUUUAGUUAAUAAGGCUGAUGACGACGACAAACUCACCAUCGAAGAGACAAAAAAUUCAUUCGUGGAUAUUGAAGCAUAG